AUGGAACGUCGAUUUACUACCGGCAAAACGCCCAGAUCUGUCCUUUGGCGGGAACGGGCCGGGGGUGCCCCGUCGUACCCGACAGGGCUCCCUUGGCAGCCAGGUCGGCCGCUCACCCAGCAGUCAGGGAGCCCAGCGGAACCAGGAGAUGCUCCCCGCCACACGAGCUCUUUCCCCCGAGCGAGGGGCGCCGGGUCGUCUCCGCCAGAGCCCCCCAGGGCCGCGUUUGCUCCCGCGGGGGCAGCUCUCAGGCGACAGAGGGAAAAGGCGAACCGACCCCACCGCCUCCGCGGCACCGCCCGCCGCGCUCAACCUUCUCGCGUGGCUCCGCCGCGGCUCCGCUGGGCGGGGAGUACCGAGGGCAGCGGCUCUUCCACGGCGUCAUCGGGCAGCGCCGCCACCCCACGUGGGGUAGUCGCGAUGGCGCUGGGCCGGGGCGGGACGGCGGCAGCGCUCCCGCUGCUGCUGCCGCGGCGGCCCGCGGGCACCAGGGCGGCGGCGGCGGGCGCGGAGCCCCCCGAGGCCGUGGUGCGCAUCCCCUGGGCCCUGCGGGUGCGCCUGCAGCGGGGGGCGCAGCGCCGGCGGCGCGGGCACGGGGAGGUAGCGACGGUAGCGCCUUCCGGAAGGCUGCUGCUGCGGAGCCGGCGGCCGGAGCUGAGCCAGCCGCGCUGGCAGACAGUGGGGCGCUGGGAGCAGCCGCCACUGGUGUCGGCGGGCUGGAAGCACAGGAAGGCGUGCGGGGAUUACUUCCAGCUGGAGCCCUCACAGGAGGCGGCUCCCGCGCUGCAGGCGCCACCGGCCGAGGCGGGGCAGGGCCCGACAUUCGCCGAGCUGGGGCUGCAGCCGGCGCUGCUGGCCGGGCUGGAGCGGCUCUCCAUCGGCCGCCCCACGGCCGUGCAGCGCCUCGCCAUCCCCGCGCUGCGCCGCGGCCGCAGCGCCCUGUGCGCCGCCGAGACCGGCAGCGGGAAGACCCUCGCGUACCUCCUGCCGCUGCUGGACGGACUGCUCGGCCGCCCUGAGGGGCCGGCGGCACCGGCAGAGCCGGCGGCGCCCCGCGGGCUGGUGGUGGUGCCGUCGCGGGAGCUGGCGGCUCAGGUGGGCGCGGUGGCGGCCGCGCUGUGCGCGCCCGCAGGCCUGGCGGUGCGCGGUCUCACGGGCGGAGGGGCGGCGGGAGGGCUGCGCAGGCAGCUGCGGGCGCCGCCGCCGGGCCCCGCCGUGCUCCUCGGCACCCCCGGGGCGCUGCGGGAGGCGCUGCGCCGGCGCUUCCUGGCCCUGGCGAGGCUGCGCUGGAUGGUGCUGGACGAGGCGGACACGCUGAUGGACGACUCGUUCACGGAGCUGCUGGAGGAGAUCCUGGCACACGCGCCGCUGGCCGCCGGAGCCCCUGGGCCAGCCGGACCGGGGGAGGAGAGGACCCAAGUGGUGGUGGUCGGAGCCACCUUUCCCGCGGGGCUCAGGGAGACGCUGGCGAAGUUCAUAGACGUUGGCCGGUUUGUCACUCUCACCACCCAGAGCCUGCACCGCCUGCCGCCUCACGUCCAGCAGAAGUUCAUCCGCCUCAAAGGCCGGGACAAACUACGCGAGCUGCUGCAGCUGUUAAAGGAGCACCCAUCAUCUGGCGGGGCUGUUCUUAUCUUCUGCAAUAGUGCCAGCACUGUGAACUGGCUGGGCUAUAUCCUGGAUGACCACAGAAUCAAGCACCUGAGGCUUCAGGGACAGAUGUCUGCGGCUGCUAGAGCUGGCAUCUUUGCCUCUUUCCAGAAGGGUGUUGUGUCUGUUCUUGUCUGCACUGACCUUGCCUCGCGGGGUCUGGACACCAGCAGUGUGCAGCUUGUGGUCAACUAUGACUUCCCAGACACUCUGCAGGACUAUCUGCACCGUGUGGGGAGAGUUGGACGGGUUGGAAGCAAGGCACUUGGAGUUGUGGUUAGUUUUGUCACCCAUCGGUGGGAUGUGGACUUGGUACGGAAAAUAGAGACUGCAGCCCGGAAAAGGACAGGCCUCCCGGGAAUGGACUCCUCCAUUAAUAAACCUUCACCUAAAGGAGGUUGAUUCAAGUUGCCAGGCACUACUAGGUGGCCUGGUAGGGACUCACCUUGAAGUCCUUAAGGCAGAGUGAAUGAGCUGCUGUGUGUAAAGUAGACUGAAAAAUUGAGAAUUGAGUUUCAGAACCAGGUGUUCAGGUUACCUUUGUGCACUGUUCUGGAAGCUGCAGUAGUCAUUUCCAUACCCAUCACAACUCGUGGCUUUGCAAAAGGAAGCUAGUGAGUACCAGAAUGCUUUUGGAGAAGACUGAAGAAUGACCUCAUCAAUUGAUUUGAUUUUGUUGAGACUUAUAACUUAAAUCCAAAUCAGAAUGAAAGUAUGCCUGUAUGAUAUGCAGCUCUGCUACAUUUCAUUGCUGCCCAUCACUAGCAGCUUAAAAAAAACUUAAAAAUUACUACUGUGGCAGGAAAAAUAUUGAUAUAACUUUGACCUGUUUGAGACACACGUAGGAAGACUAAAGGACAAAUGAUGUUUGAUUUUCUUGUGACGUAACAGUUUGUUCAGAGAAUUCUAGACCAGAUACUUUUAAAGUUCAGUGGGAAUGAGAAAGCACAGUAAAGCUUGAGGCUCUUUCAAGGCCUUAAUUAGCCGUUUUAUGGUUGCCUUUCACUGAGAAAGGGGAUCUUGCUCUAUUAUGUUGUAUUAAAUAAAAUUUUAAAAGCCUUU